AUGUCGAAUACAUCAAACGCAUCUGGACCAAGUACGGAGGGAUACGAAACAACGGAAGUAUUUGCGAAUAUGACAAGUUCCGUGUUGGUUUCUGAGAAUGCAUCCAAACAAUGGAUUGAUUACAUCCAAUUCGUGUUCCUGCCCAUCACUAUUGUGCUUGGUAUCGUUGGCAAUUUACUUACAAUCAUUAUCAUGCUCAGUGAACGUUUUGCCAAUUCUCCAUCGUCUAUCUUACUUAUUCUUUUGUCUUUAUCUGAUUUAGUUGCUCUUCUUUCGCAACCAUUUAACAAGACUAAUUUUAACGAUUUGAUAGGAUUGGAUAUCAGAGCUUUCACCGAUAGCAAUUGUAAACUGUACAUUCUCAUUCGCCGAACAUCCAAGAUGAUGUCAUCAUGGGCAGUUGUCGGACUGUGCCUUGAGCGAUUUAUUGCUGUAUGGUUUCCUCUAAAAGCGAAACUAUUUGUCACUAAACGUUUAGUAUUGAUUCUCGUCAUCUCUGGAUUAGUGAUCAUAGCUUCCUUUAAUGCUGUAUGGAGUUAUGCCUCCAAGGUUGUUAAUGGACGAUGUAAUCCCGAUGUCUACGAUUACACGAAUUCAACAGAGAGGCUAAAAUAUGGAGUGAUGCUCCAGUUUGGAACAGGUAUAUACUCCAAUGUCCCUAUCAUCCUCCUCACUAUCUUUACAACACUUAUUGCUACAAAGUUAUUCUACCAUCGACGAAAGCGUCGAAGCAUGACUUCUAGAUCGUCAGGUGAUCAGGAUGUCAGAAUCACCGCCAUGCUGAUAGGCAUUGCCAUUGCCUACGUAAUCCUCAUUUUCCCGAUCACCGUGCUACACAACAUUGCAUAUCAGAAAAGAUUGCACGCAUUCACAGAAGCAUCCGAUGGAUUCAGUCUUUACAAGGAAAUCGCUCAGUUUAUGGAAAAACUCAAUUACUGUCUGAAUUUCUUUUUAUACGUAAUGACUUCCAGCCAGUUCAGACAAGAACUACGCACAAAAUUGUUUUCUUGUAGAUGCAAACCAAACUAA